CAUGCUAUAAUACUAUGAAGCCGUUAAAUGGAUUAGGUAUAGUAUAUUAUGCAACAAUAUACAUAACAAAAAAAAAUGAGGAAAACGUGUCACUUAUCAGACCACCUUACAUAAUACCCUUCCCCUUUUCGUGAAAAUGAAGUUUUGGGAAGAUCCUUACGAAAAGGAUAUUAUUGAGAACUGAAAAGCCAGUAAUCCAUUUCCGGCCACCGGAUAUAUACGCCCCAUGGCUUCAACCUUAAGCUGCGCCUCAACAACAUUGUUAUUACUCUUAACUUUGUUCCUUUUUUCCCUCUUCUAUAAUUUGACCUUUAACCAUGACCAGCUUCUUACUUUCAAUAAUAAAAAUAAUAGUAUUCAUACCGCUAUCACUACUGCUACUCUUCCUCUUAUGACUUCUAACGUUUUGAACACCAUUAUUUAUGAUACAACUCCACCAAAAGUGUAUCUGCAUUACUCUUUUCUCUCAACUAGUUCCAUGCAUCAAGACACUACUCAAAUUAGUAAUCAUCUUUUUGCAGCAAAAAAAACCAUCAAGAAGAAGAAGAAGAAGAAGAACAAUAGGUUGGAGAGAAUUGAGUGUGAUUUGGCUAAGGCUAGAGUAGCUAUUCAUCAAGCCAUUGUGUCUAAAAGUUUUAAGUCUGAUGAGAAACAGAGCUUUGUGCCAAGAAGUUCAAUAUACAGAAAUCCAUAUGCUUUUCAUCAGAGUCACAUAGAGAUGGUGAAAAGAUUCAAAGUGUGGAGCUACAAAGAAGGAGAAAGGCCUAUAUUCCAUACUGGACGAAUGAAUGGUGUGUAUUCAAUUGAAGGACAAUUCAUAGAGGAAAUAGAGAGUGAGAAGAGCCCUUUUAGAGCUAAGCAUCCUGAGGAAGCACACACAUUUUUCCUGCCCAUAAGUGUUGCUCAUAUCAUUAAGUUUAUUUAUAGCCCUAUUAUUUACCCAUCUGAUUACAAUCGAGAUCGACUCUAUCGACUUAUGACUGAUUAUGUGGGUGUUGUGGCCAAUAAAUACCCAUUUUGGAAUGCAAGCAAUGGAGCUGAUCAUUUCAUGCUUUCCUGCCACGAUUGGGCGCCAGAAAUAUCACAUGAGAAACCUAAACUCUUCCAGUAUUUCAUCAGAGUUUUAUGUAAUGCCAACAUCUCAGAAGGAUUUCAACCCAAAAGAGAUGUCUCAUUACCUGAAAUCAAUUUGAGAAGUACCUUGAGCCCACCAGAUUUGGGGCAAGUCCCACAGAACCGCACGAUAUUGGCCUUCUUUGUUGGUAGACUCCAUGGGUAUAUUAGAAAGAUCUUAUUCCAAGAAUGGAAAGACAAAGACAAUGAUAUUCAGGUACAUGAGAAGCUUCAAAGAGGCCAAAACUACACAAAGUUAAUGGGCAAAAGUAAGUAUUGCUUGUGCCCAAGUGGAUACGAAGUGGCUAGUCCAAGAGUGGUGGAGGCAAUCAAUGCAGGGUGUGUCCCAGUGAUAAUCUGUGAUAGUUACUCAUUGCCUUUUAGUGAUGUACUUGAUUGGAGCAAAUUUACCAUACAAAUCAGACCCUCAAAAAUACCAAAACUUAAGAGCAUCUUAAGUGCUAUUCCAAAUGAGAAGUACUUGAAAUUAUAUAAUCAAGUUUCUCAAGUGAAGAGGCAUUUUGUGUUGAAUCGACCAGCUCAGCCAUUUGAUGUGACUCAUAUGGUGCUUCACUCAAUUUGGUUAAGACGACUCAACGUUAAGAUUGGACACUUAAACAGCUAGUGAUUGAACUUCUAUAAGUUUCUUUUGUCGGAAAAGGAGGUUGUAUUUGCUGAUUUGAUAUGAAUUGUUGAAGCUCAAAACAGGACAUAGGUUAUUGAUUAAACAAAACGAUUUGUUAAAAAACCAAAAAAGAAAAUCUACUAUUAUCUUUUUAUUUGUUU